AUGAAUAUAUUAAUGGAAAAUAAUAUCUUAUUAAAAACUGAUUCAUAUAAAGUAUCACAUUAUAAACAAUAUCCAAAAGAAACAAUAUGUGUUUAUGCUUAUUUGGAAAGUCGUGGUGGUGAUUAUCCAGAACAAGUGUUUUUUGGUUUACAAUAUAUAUUAAAAAAACAUUUAGUAGGAAAAGUUAUCACUAAAGAAUAUCUUGAACAAGCAAUUCAAUUUUGGAAUCAACAUUUUGGUUAUGAUCUUGUUGAUCGUGAAAUGUGGCAAUAUAUUAUUGAAAAAUAUGAUGGACAUUUACCAAUACGUAUUAAAGCUAUACCAGAAGGUACAGUUGUACCAACUGGAAAUGUUUUAAUGACUGUUGAAAAUACAGAUCCAAAAUGUGCAUCAUUAACAACAUAUUUAGAAACAAUUUUAUUACAAGUUUGGUAUCCAAUAACAAUUGCUACAAAUUCAAGAGAAAUUAAAAAAAUUUUAUUACGAUCAUUAAAACGAACAGGUGAUCCAAGAGUAAUUAAAACACAAUUACAUGAUUUUGGAUUUCGUGGUGUAUCAUCUUAUGAAACGUCAGCAAUUGGUGCAUGUGCACAUUUAACUUCAUUCUAUGGUACAGAUACGAUAUCGGGUUGUGUUUUAGCUCAUAAAUAUUAUUCAGCUAAAGAAAUGGCUGCUAAUUCAAUUCCAGCCUCAGAACAUUCCACAAUGGUUAGUUGGACACGUGAAAAAGAAGCUGAAGCCUAUUGCAAUAUGUUAGAUAUGUAUCCAAAAGGUAUCAUUGCAUGUGUAUCUGAUUCAUAUGAUAUUUAUAAUGCAUGUGAACAUAUUUGGGGUGAACAAUUGCAUGAUAAAAUUCUAGCACGUGAUGGAACAUUAGUUGUACGAUCUGAUUCUGGUGAUCCAUUAGAAGUUCUUGAACGUUUAAUGAAUAUAUUAUAUGCUAAAUUUGGUGGAUAUGUUAACGAAAAAGGUUUUAAAGUUCUCGAUAAACAUGUUCGAUUAAUUCAAGGUGAUGGUGUUAAUAUGAAUUCAAUUAAAAAUAUUGUUAAUUCAUUUGAACUAAAUGGUUUUUCAACAGAUAAUAUUGUAUUUGGUAGUGGUGGUGCUCUUUUACAAAAAUUUGAUCGUGAUACAAUGAGAUUUGCAAUGAAAUGUUCUUAUGUUGAAAUAACUGGCAUGGGUGGUUUACCAGUUGCUAAAGAUCCAAUAACUGAUAGAGCCAAACGUAAUAAACCUGGUCGACUUAAAUUAGUUAAAGAAACAAAUGAUAGUUAUCGAACAUUAAGCAGUUUAGAACAUAACAAUGAAUAUGACUUAGCCGAAGAUCAACUUGUAACUGUUUUUGAAAAUGGAAAGCUUCUAUGUGAAUAUUCAUUUGAUACAAUACGUGCCAAUUGUGAUAUUGAUAUUAAUCGUCUCGAAUUUAUGCAUAUUAUAAGUUUACUUCGUUUUGAAAUUAUGAACGAUAAUAAUAACAAUCAAAAUAAAAUAGCUAUUCAACGUUUUGUUGAAUAUAUACAAAUAAAAACAGUACAACCUGAACCAGAUUAUGAUUGUGCUUUCAAAUUUUUAAAGAAUUAUGCUCAAGAACUUGGUUUACAAUAUCGUUUAAUUAAAAUUGAUCAAGAUCGCCAAGCAGCCGUGUUAACUUGGUUAUCAUCAUCAACAGAUAAAUCAAUUUUACUCAAUUCACAUAUUGAUGUUGUACCAGUUUUUGAAGAACAUUGGAUAGUUCCACCAUUUUCAGGUGAAAUUCGUGAUGGAAAAAUAUAUGGACGCGGUACACAAGAUAUGAAAUGUGUUGGAAUUCAAUAUUUGGAAGCUAUUCGACGUCUUAAAACAGCUAAAUAUGAACCAAAGCGAACUAUUCAUUGUUUAUUUGUUCCUGAUGAAGAAAUUGGUGGUAUUAGAGGAAUGAAAGUAUUAAGAACACUUGAUGAAUUUAAAGAUUUAAAUGUUGGUUUUGUUCUUGAUGAAGGUCUAGCUAGUGAAACAGAUGUCUUUCAAGUUUUUUAUGGUGAUCGUUGUGCUCUUUGGAUUGAAAUAACAGUUAAAGGUAAUACUGGUCAUGGAUCACGUCUUAUUGAAAAUACAGCUGCAGAAAAAGCUCAAUUUAUUAUUAAUGAAAUGUUAAAAUAUCGUACUAAUUCAAAAGAAUGUUUAGAAAAAAGUCAAACAACAGAUAAACCACUUCAAUUAGGUAAUAUAACAACAGUUAAUUUAACAAAAAUGAGUGGUGGUGUUCAAAUAAAUGUUGUACCUGAUCAAUAUACAUUAGGUUUUGAUUGUCGUAUUGAACCAAAUAGUUAUGAUUCAUUUAAGAAAUUUUUGGAUGAUCUUAUUCAACGAGUACCAAAAGAAAAUAAUAAUGAAAUAACAAUUAAUUAUCUACAAGAUUCAGGUCCACUUGUGCUCACUGAUAUUGAGAAACCAUCAUGGUGGCUUAAUAGUUUUAAACGAACAUGUGAAGAAAUGAAAUGUAAAUUAAAUUGGACUAUAUUUCCUGCUGGAACUGAUGCUAGAUAUUUACGUAAUGUUGGUUAUCCAGCAAUUGGUUUUUCACCUAUGAUAAAUACUCCUGUUCUUUUACAUGAUCAUAAUGAAUAUUUACAUAAAGAUGUUUUUCUUCAUGGUAUUGAAAUUUAUGUUAAAUUAAUUGAAAAUCUUACAAGUGAAACAAUAUGA